UUAGAUAAAUAUAUCCAUCAUUACUGGAAAAUUAUCUAUAAAUAGGAUACUUUCAGAAUGAUUCAGAAGGAUCGCUCAUAUGCAUUCUAUUGUAAUAAUAAAAUGCCAUUUAAACGCGUUUCAGAGGAAAAAAAACGCAUUCCAAUGCAUUUUUAGAAACACGUUUUAGUCGGUACAUAUCGGUUUCUCCCAAUAAAAGGAUGCGUUUCAAUGCGUUUUAAAAACUGCGUUUAAGGUCUAGCGAAAACAUGUGGACUAGAAAAAAAACGCGUUGAAACGCAUUUUUAUACCAAAUUUUUUUUCAUGGGAGAUCCAAGUUUCUGUUAAACAUACGACUAAUUGUCGUUCGACCAACUGACGCUCUCCCGACUAAAGGGGUCAUACUCUGAAAGUAAUAGUCAAUUCUGAAUUCAUUAUUAUAGAAUCAUCGGUAAGAUUCCCUGAGAAAUGUGUAGACUUUCCUACUAAUAAAAUACAAAUAAUUGUUAAAAAGUAUCUUACAUCAUCGAAUCGACUUAAGGGUUCAUAAUAAAAGUUUUCAUAAAAUUUUGAAUUCCUAAUAUUUUAUUUAUAGUUUCCCUUCUGAGAAGAGGAUUUUACAUUCGGCAAAUUUUUUAUAGCCAUAGAUACUUUUUAUAUCAUUCAAUUAGCAUAAAUUAUAAUAGAGUCGAACUGAUCUUGGCAAAAGUGUAGUCUUCUCUGAUUUAGUGAACAACUUUUACUGGGAUAAUUUGUUUUUCAUAUAGUAUGUGUCUUUACUGAGAAACAUAAAUUUUAUAGCUAAGACUUUUUUUCUUUUAUCUUUAUCAAGAUGAUGAACAAGGUGGAGAUCAAUGGGGAAAUUUUACUGGUCUUGAAAGAAAAAAAAUUCGUUGUGCAUUUAUUCGAAAGGUUUAUUUAAUUCUCUUAAUUCAAUUAUCGAUUACAUUUGGUCUUAUUGCAAUAUGUCAUUUUAUACCAUCGAUUCAUAAAUAUGUACGAAGUUCGGAUGGUAAAUGGCUUUAUUUUGUAUCAUACUUUGUUUUUUUUGUUACUUAUUUUACAUUGGUUUGGUCAAAGAGUGCAGCACGAAAAUUUCCAUGUAAUCUUAUUUUACUCGCUAUUGUGACAUUAUCAAUGGGUUAUAUGUUGGGUAUGAUUUCAGCAUAUUAUAAAAUUGAAUCAGUCUUAAUUGCUGUUGGUAUAACAGGAUUUGUUUGUUUGGGUAUUACAUUAUUUUCAUUUCAAACAAAAUAUGAUUUUACAUUAUGUUUUGGAGUUUUAUUUAUUAUCACAUUGGUAAUUUUAGCUUUGACAUUUAUUUGUAUAUUUACUUUUUCAAGAAUAAUGUUUACAAUUUAUGCUGGAUUAGGAGCUAUAGCUUUUUCUAUUUUCUUAGCUGUUGAUACACAAUUAAUUAUGGGUGGAAAACGACAUGAAAUAAGUGCUGAAGAUCAUGUUUUUGCAUCACUUAUGCUUUAUAUUGAUAUUGCUCAAAUAUUUAUAUUGAUUCUUUCAUUGUUCGGCAUUCGGAAAUGA